UAAAACCUCACCCAACUAAUCACUUAUCGCAAGUGCUUCCCACAUGGAAGUGUGCCAUUCGGGCGAUAAAACCACUCGAAUGAAACAAACGCCAAAAGACCUAUAAAUAGGCAACACCCCAACCCACAGUCAGCACACUCAACCUUUGUCAUGUCUCCGCUUAAGACUAUAGCAACACCUCUGACCCUCUUCCUGGUUGUGGCGUCCUCCCUCGGCGAGGUGGAGCCUUCGGAGGAGUCGCGGAUUAUAGGAGGACAAUUUGCUGCCCCUGGACAAUUUCCGCAUCAGGUUUCCCUGCAGUUGAAGGGUCGCCAUCAUUGCGGCGGCUCCCUGAUCUCCGAGACGAUGAUCGUGACGGCUGCCCACUGCACCAUGGGCCAGAGUCCCAGCCAGAUGAUGGCCAUUGUGGGCACCAACGACCUGAGCGCUGGCAAUGGUCAGACCUUCAGCAUUGCCCAGUUCAUCAUCCAUCCGCAGUACAAUCCGCAGAGCCAGGACUUCGACAUGUCGCUGAUUAGGCUGAGCAGCCCCGUGCCCAUGGGAGGAUCCGUGAAGACUAUCCAGCUGGCGGACUCUGAUUCCAACUAUGCCGCUGAUACCAUGGCCACGAUCAGUGGCUUCGGAGCCAUCAACCAGAACCUACAGCUACCCAACCGCCUGAAAUUCGCACAGGUGCAGCUGUGGAGCCGCGACUUCUGUAACUCCCAGAAUAUUCCCGGGCUCACCGACCGCAUGGUCUGUGCCGGACAUCCCAGUGGCCAGGUGAGCUCCUGCCAGGGUGACUCAGGUGGUCCUCUAACCGUCGAUGGAAAGCUCUUUGGCGUUGUGUCCUGGGGAUUCGGUUGCGGCGCCAAGGGACGUCCCGCCAUGUACACCUAUGUGGGAGCCCUGCGAUCCUGGAUCAAGCAGAAUGCCAACGUUUAAAUGGAGAAUUUUCUAAGUAAAACGUAUUGAUAAACGACUUGAAAAUAAACAUA